AAUUGUUCCACGUGCAUUUUUGUUUUGGACUAAAUUUUGAGAACAGAUUUUUUUGUGAUAAUUUUUUGUUAUAUUUUUCACUGACAAAAUCAAUGACUAGAUACUCAAGAAAAAAAGGCAAUUGUGCCCCAAAUCGAAGCAUCGGUAAACGAUGCUUGAAAACUAAACAUUAUAAAAAAGAUACGGAUCAAAUUCUUGAAGAAAUUCGACGAAAUAUUGUAGAUCCAGAACAAAAACGACCAUUCGAAAUGGUUGAUAAUUUACCGGCUCAAGGGAAAAUUUUCUGUAUAGAAUGCGAUCGUUUUUUCAUCGAUCAAUCCGUAUUGAAUGAACAUAAACGAAGCAAACAACAUAAGCAAAGGGUGAAAGAAUUACGAAUACCCGCUUAUAGUCAUAGGGAAUCAGAACAAGCUGCUGGAAUGGGUUCCUAUAUUCAGCCGACGACUUCAAAGAGCCAAAUGGAUAUUGACAAAUGAUAUAACAGUGUGAUUUGGUUCAUAGCCUUUCUUUUUGUUGUUGAAAACAAAAUUUUUGUAACUAUAUUUUUUCAACAUAUUUCACUUGAAUAACAA